UGGGCUGGUUAUCGAGAGAGAGAGAGGGAGAGAGAGAGAGAAUGGUGGCGGGCGGGGGUUGAAUUGGGAAAGGAAAAGGCGACAUCUUCAUGGCGAAGAAAAGUUAGGAAGGGAAACUGACUUUUAGAGGAAGCUUUGAAUGAAGUUUUUUUGUUUUGGCCCUUUCCCUUUUUUGUGCCUUUGUUCUGGAAAAUUUAAAAUAGAUGAGGAAAUAAAGACCCGACUUUUGAAUCCAUAAACAAAGUUUUGAGAAAGAAGGGCGCUGCUCAUUCACAAAGUCGAUCAAAGUCGCACUUAGGGAGAGCUUUAUGUGUCAUAUUUCCACUCACCCAACCACACAAAUUGGAUCAAACCCCCCCUUCUUCCUUAAUCGCUUAUAAUUAAUACCCUAAACUCUACAAAUAAUAGUCACCAAAUCCUAAUCCACUGCGCGAAGAAACUUCAUCCACACUCAAAAUUACCCCUCCAUCUCCUCCAUAAAAGAAGUAAAUUAUUAAAGUAAAACAAUGGCGUCCCGUCGCCCACCAUUGCGUUAUUAAAUUGAAGGGGAGAAACAAAAGUGUGAUUCACUGUCCACUUUUGAAGAAGCCAGGGGAAGAGGAGGGACUGGUCAGCAGUGGGAAUGGAGUUGGGCACGUGCUGCCCGUGAUGCCAUAGUGUAGAAGUGUAUGUUGGGACAAGGCCUAGGCUAAGUAAUUAGUGAUUCGCCAAACCUGCAUGCAAAUAUAUAUAUAUAUAUAGAUAGAUAGAUAUGAGCAUAUAGGUAAGAUAGAUAAGAAGUUGAGAGCGUGGAAGAGACGGCAUGAGGGGAUUGCCUCCUGGGUUUCGGUUUGAGCCGACGGAAGAAGAGCUGGUGUUUGAGUAUCUUAAGUGCAAGGUAUUCUCCUUUCCCUUGCCUGCUUCUAUCAUUCCAGAGAUCACCACUAGUGUUUGCAACUUGGAUCCUUGGGAUAUUCCAGGCGGCGGGAAUUGGCAGGAAGAUACAUACCUGUUCAGCAAGAACCAGGAGUGUGAUCGAAGAGUUAGAUGGAGUCCGAGUGGGUACUGGAAGGCCAAGGGGUCGGAGAGGAAGAUAGUGAGUUCGAGUAGUGACGCAGUGGGACUGGUGGGGAUGAGGAAGACUCUGGUUUUCUGGAUGGGGAGCAGCAGUAGUAGGAAGACGGGGUGGGUGAUGCAUGAAUACCGCCUGCUUUUGAGCCCUUCACAAACGCCUACGCCUCCCAGUGUAGUAAUUAAUAACAUGGAGAAGUGGGUUGUGUGCCGCAUCUUCUGCAACAACUCGGGGAUCAAGAAUGACCUCCAUUUCCAUCCCCUCCAAUAUCCUGUUUCUGCUUCUACAAACGACGACACCAACGCCCUCUCCGACGAUUCUGUUUCCUCCACCGCCUCAUCCUCCUCCUUUUCCGCCACUACUACAAUGCCCUUUCCCAACCACCAUUCUUCUGCCUCUAAUUAAUUCCUCCUUUCUCUUCUCUGCCUCUAAUUAUAUGUAUCGCUUUCAUCCUUUCCCUCUAACCCACCUUUGAAUUUGAAUGAAUUUAGCAUAAUUUAAAUUUGAAUUUGGAAGUAA